AUGAGGCUCUUCCGGAGACGCUACAGCCCCUUGAAGGUGGCUUUGGCAGGCGCCGUCUUCGUCAUCUUCCUCUUCAUCCUGCAGAAGGACGUGGGGGACAAGGACCCGAGUGAGGAACCUUGGUUGAAGAACAUCGUCCAGGGCAAGGACCAAGUCCUCGACCUGAUGCUGGGGGCGGUCAACAACAUCCGAGACUCGAUGCCAAAGCUGCAGAUCAGAGCUCCAGUUCGGCAGGAGGAACCGCUGCCCAGCGCUCGCUCCUGCCUGCCCGGCGUCUACACGGCAGCCGAGCUUCGGCCGCUGAUGGAGAGAUCCCCCCAAGACCCCGCCAGCCCCGGAGCCGACGGCAAAGCCUUCAAGAAGGAUCGAUGGACACCGGAGGAGACGAAGGAGAAGGAGCGAGGUUACGAGAAGCAUUGCUUCAACGCCUUCGCCAGCGACCGCAUCUCCCUCCAGCGAGCACUGGGACCGGACAGCCGCCCGCCGGACCAGCAGCAGCUCUUUGUGUCUCUGCGUACCUGCUCGCAGCCGGGUGGCUCCAGCAUCUCCCCCCCUUUCCCUCCCCUCCCUCUUUUAGUUCAGUCAGCUCCAGCCCUCGUGCUGAAGGAGAUCAUCUUGGUGGACGAUGCCAGCACGGACGACUAUCUGAAGGACGAGCUGGAUCGCUAUGUGGAGCAGCUCCAAAUCGUGCGAGUUGUGCGGCAGGAGGAGAGGAAAGGGCUGAUCACGGCACGGCUGCUGGGGGCCAGCGUGGCCAGCGGGGAGGUCCUGACCUUCCUGGAUGCCCACUGCGAGUGUUUUCACGGCUGGCUGGAGCCCCUCUUAUCCCGCAUCGCCGAAGAGCCCACGGCCGUCGUAAGCCCCGACAUCUCCACCAUCGAUCUCAACACCUUUGAGUUCUCCAAGCCCGUCCAGAACGGCAAACAGCACAGCCGGGGCAACUUCGACUGGAGCCUGACUUUCGGCUGGGAGGUCAUCCCGUCCCGGGAGAAGCAGCGGAGGAAGGAUGAGACCUUCCCCAUCAAGUCCCCGACCUUUGCCGGUGGCCUCUUUGCCAUCUCCAGGUCCUACUUCGAGCACAUCGGCUCCUACGACGAUCAGAUGGAGAUCUGGGGGGGCGAGAACGUGGAAAUGUCGUUCAGGGUCUGGCAGUGCGGGGGUCAAGUCGAGAUCAUCCCUUGCUCCGUCGUGGGUCACGUCUUCCGUUCCAAGAGCCCCCACACCUUCCCCAAGGGCACCCAGGUCAUCUCCAGGAACCAGGUCCGCCUGGCGGAGGUCUGGAUGGACGACUACAAGGAGAUCUUCUACAGGAGGAACCAGCAAGCCGCUCAGAUGGCCAGAGAGAAGACGUAUGGUGACAUUACAGACCGGCGCAAGCUGAGGGAGCAGCUCCACUGCAAGAACUUCACCUGGUACCUCCAGACUGUCUACCCCGAGAUGUUCGUUCCUGACCUGACUCCAACUUUUUACGGAGCGAUAAAAAACGAGGGCACCAAGAGCUGCCUGGACGUCGGUGAGAACAACCACGGUGGGAAACCACUCAUCAUGUACCCCUGCCACGGGAUGGGGGGCAACCAGUAUUUUGAGUACACGAGCCAGCGGGAGCUGCGGCACAACAUCGGGAAGGAGCUCUGCCUGCGGGCGGGCUCAGGCUCGGCCGAGCUGGGUGACUGCCAGUACCGAGGGAAGCCUGGCCGGGUGCCAGCCAGCGAGGAGUGGGACCUGGCGCAGCACGAUCGCCUAAUAAAAACCCCAGCCUCCAGUACGUGCUUGACAGCACGAGGGAAGCACCCGGCGAUGGUUCCCUGCGACCCAGCGGACCCCCACCAGCUCUGGUCCUUCACCUAG